CUGGCGUCCCAGGCGGGGCCUCUGGGGCCGCUAGGCUCUCGCCAUGGACCGAGAUCUCCUCCGGCAGUCUCUGAACUACCACGGGCCGUCUUUGCUCGCUCUGCUCCGCAGCGAACAGCAGGACAACCCGCACUUCCGGAGCCUCCUGGGCUCGUUGGAGCCGGCGCGCGGCCCGCCGCUGGAGCAGCAACAGGGCAGAAAGGAUAAGAGAGCUGACAACACUGAAAUCCAGACAUUUAUUUCCAAGAAAGCAGACCUGCUCUUUGCUCUUUCCUGGAAAUCAGAUACGCCUGCAGUUUCUGAAAUUAGUGAAGAUUGUGAAGAUCAUUAUGCAGUCAUGCCACCUUUAGAGCAGUUCAUGGAGAUACCGAGUAUGGAUCGGAGAGAAUUGUUUUUUCGAGAUAUUGAGCGUGGUGAUAUCGUAAUUGGAAGGAUCACUUCCAUUCGGGAAUUUGGGUUUUUCAUGGUGUUGAUUUGCUUAGGCAGUGGCAUUGUGAGAGACAUAUCCCACUUAGAAAUCACAGCUCUCUGUCCAUUAAGAGAUGUGCCUUCUCACAGUAAACAUGGGGAUCCUUUAUCAUAUUAUCAGACUGGUGACAUCAUUCGAGCUGGAAUCAAGGAUAUUGACAGAUACCAUGAAAAGCUUACAGUGUCUCUGUAUAAUUCAUCUCUCCCACCCCACCUAUCCUCUACCAAAUUAGGUGUUAUUAGUUCUGAGGAACUUCCUUUGCACUACAGGAGAAGUAUGGAGUUAAAUAGCAAUUCUUUGGAGUCCUAUGAAAAUAUGAUGGAGAAUUCCUUAGGAUUUGUUAACCCAGGAGUAGUUGAAUUUCUUCUGGAUAAACUAGGAAUAGAUGAAUCUAAUCCACCAUCUUUAAUGAGAGGCCUGCAAAGCAAAAAUUUCUCCGAAGAUGAUUUUGCUUCUGCAUUAAGGAAGAAGCAGUCUGCAUCUUGGGCUUUAAAAUGUGUGAAAAUUGGAGUUGAUUAUUUUAAGGUGGGACGCCAUGUGGAUGCCAUGAAUGAAUACAAUAAAGCUCUGGAAAUAGAUAAACAAAAUGUGGAAGCUUUGGUAGCUCGUGGAGCACUGUAUGCGACAAAAGGAAGUCUGAACAAAGCAAUAGAAGAUUUUGAGCUUGCACUGGAAACUUGUCCAACUCACAGAAAUGCAAGAAAAUAUCUCUGCCAGACACUUGUAGAAAGAGGCGGGCAGCUAGAAGAAGAAGAAAAAUUUUUAAAUGCUGAAAGUUACUAUAAGAAAGCUUUGGCAUUGGAUGAAUCUUUUAAAGAUGCAGAGGAUGCUUUGCAGAAGCUUCAUAAAUACAUGCAGAAAUCUUUGGAAUUAAGAGAAAAACAAGCUGAAAAGGAAGAGAAACAGAAAACAAAGAAAAUAGAAACAAGUGCAGAAAAGUUGCGUAAGCUCUUAAAAGAGGAGAAAAGGCUAAAGAAGAAAAGGAGAAAAUCUUCCUCUUCAAGUGCUUCUUCCGGGAAUGAAUCAAUUUCUUCCUCCUCAUCUACUUCCUCUUCUGAUCACAAAAGGCAUAAGAAACAUAGGAGCCGUUCAGAUUCGACUCGCAGCUCCAAGAAGCGUUCAGCUAAGGCAUUCUCAAAUCAGAUAGAUCAGGAUAGGAAAGAUGAUUCCUUCCCUGUUCCAGCCAAUACUUCAGCAUCUUUCCUUACUCAAAAGCAUGAAGUGGAAAAACUACUGGAAAAACAGGAUAGGUUGCCAUAUCAAAAAAAACAGGUAAAAGAGAAAGAUAGAUGUUCUCUAUCUUCAUCUUCAGUUGAAAUUCCGGAUGACACUGGAGGUAGGUCUGAAGAUCCAAGAGAUUUUUAUGAUAGUUAUAAAAGUCAGGCAGAUAAUAGCAAAAGUGAAAAGUCACAUAAAGCAGAAAGACAUUUUUCUUACAGAAGAGAUUCCUCAGAUUCCUGCUAUAGGAAUUCAGAGGAAAAGGUGAAAAUAUAUGGUUACAAAAGAUUUGAAAAAGAUUCAGAAGGAAGAAAAGAGCAUUAUAAGAGGUGGGAGCCAGGCUCUGUGAGGUAUUCUGCUACCCCAGCAAGCUCGGACUACUCAUGGAAGUCCGUUGAAAAAUAUAAAAAAUCUAAUUACCCUGGAUCACGGGAUUUCAGUAGACAUGAACAGAGAUCUCAAUUAAGUAAAAAUCAAGGAGAGUAUGAAAAAGAGGAUAAUUAUGAGGAGGAUAUUAAAACGGAGUUUUCAGAAGUAAAUAGUACAGAACAGUCAGAAAGUGGAAUAAAAAAAAAUUUACCUCAGAAUUUACUCAAUAUAUUUAACCAAAUAGCUGCAUUUGAGAGAGAAAAAGGAAAUAAACCAAAAAAUUAAUGUCAGAAUUAGUAUUGUACUAAAGAUUGUAAUUAAAAGUUUUGAAAUCUUUUAGGCUUAACCUAAAGCAAAAAUAUCUGCUGCUGCUUAUAAUUAGUUGUAGUUUGCAAAUAAGGCUUUGUAACAUUCAGUACAUUAUUGUAGAACCCUUCCACAUGAUUUUGUUUUCAUGUAUGUAUGUCUAAUAUUUCUUAUGUUGACAAAUCAAAAUUUUUUCACAUGAAGAUAGUUCUCAAAACAUUUCAUUGUACAUGAGAAUGCCAAAUCUAUCAGCCAUUAUUUAAUAGAAAAUUUAAAUUUGUCCUUUGAACACUUGUACUGUUUUUCAUAAAAAAUCAUUUUGUUUUGUUAAAUUAAAAGCUCAUGGUAUUUGAAAGUUUUUUUAAA